GUAUUGAAGGAGUGUAGGGGGAUGCCCCCAAUGAGAGAGGGACAAACUAGCCUUUGUCCCCCAAAAAAGGAAGAAAGCCCAGAAGUUUCUCCCAACGAUCAGGUGAAAAGCCACCUUAUAGGACCUCAGAGACUUCACUAAAACCUUGGGGUCACCUAAUUGGAUGAGAGCCAAAAGAUCCCGCCUGGGCCAUCAGGUAGAAAAAGAGAAGACAAAAAAACUGCGAGGCUUUUGUGAAGGUGUUUUACCAGGAGCAGACCUCUGUACCUGGAUCGGAUUUUCUGUUUAUUGUUUUUCCUUUUAUUAAACAGUUUGGUUUCCAACACUGCAGCAGAAGCCAUCCUGCUCAUUAUUUGCCUCCAAAGGUAAUAGCUGAGCUAUCCUUUGUGUGUAUUAAGUUUUCUUUUAAAGGCUCAUAAAACCCUGGCCCGACGAAACAAAACUUAAUACGUGGCACCUGGACAGAAUUUCUCAUAUUGAGGAAGAUGGUCUAGGAAUUUUUGAUUACCUCAAUCAAAAUAGGACAAUUUUCCUUGGUAUUUGCGUUUUUGGGGAAGCAGGCCUGCACCUGAGUUUUUUGUCGCGUUAAAAAAGAAAACUCAGAAGAAGAGAUUUGGGGUUUAGAGGGAAUCCCAAAUCGAAGCCUCAUACCGGUGAAGAAGAGGCUAUAAUUCAGACGGGACGGGAGCAAACGGCACACCCUCAGAGGAUACUGUGAAUCGGCUAAGCUGAAACUGUUGCACCCAGGACCCGGGAAAAAGUCUAUACCAAGAAGGACGACCAGAAGACUCGGUGAGUUUCACCAUGGGGAAUCGGUUGUCAGUAGCUGAGCAGGAAUUUUUUUCGUAUUUUAACUAUAAGUUGGAAAUCCAAGAUAUUCAGUUUGACAAAAAACAGCUUAAAAAGCUUGUAAAAUGGGUCUUAAAAGAAUUUCCAAACUCAGAUAUGUCUCAGAAACUCGAUCCAGACUUCUGGGAUUCAGUUGGACUGAAAUUAUAUAACACAGAAAAGAACAAGAAGUCCAACUUAAAGCUGCGUCCAAUAUUCAGGACGGUAUUGAAAUUUGUAAUAAUGGAAAAUGAAAAGCAAGCAAAGACCAGGGAGAGAGCAGAAUGCAGGCAGGACAGAGAAGACAGGAGAAAGCGAAGUUCUGAGGGGACCCAAAAACCUUCCUUUAUCCCAGCCGAGAAACCCCGGUGGAGAGGCCGGGAGGCAGCCAGGCCAGCUGCCCCCCCGCCUGCCUCACCGACCCCAUCCCGAAACAGGGGGGAGCAGACCAGCCCUGGCCAGGCUUGUCUGCAAAACCCGUCUUCCAAAAACCCUACCAGAGCAAAGUCCUCUCUAUCUCCUCUCAAAACCUUGCUUUGGCGUUCAAAAUCGGUGAAUUUUGACAGUAAAACUGGAAAAAGCCGAGCCGAUAGAAUCCAGUCUGAGAACAAUAGAGCACGUGGCAAUCGCCAUUAUAGCCCCGAGCCCAGCUCUGUCCUUCGUGGGCGUGGCUCGCCAUCCUCGUCGGACUCCCAGGAGUCCCUGGGUGGCUGCUCCCUGAGCUCCUGUCCAUCGGAGCAGGGACGCGCCCCUUUUGUAGGCGGUGCCCGGUCGGUGUCCCUGCCCCUGCUCCCCGCCCACAGCCCGGGACAGCACACCCCCUCUCUGCCGAGCGUGGGAACGGGAAGUGAUGCGCCGGAACUGACCCUGUCCAAAAUGGCGGCGCCCAUGUCCGAUAACUUACCGGAACAAAAAACAAACUAUUCCUAUGCUCCACAAUGUAAUUUCAAACAAUCUAAGGAAGAGUUUAACACACAGGGAGUCACAGAUACCUGGCAGAGGAUAAGAAAGGAUGCAGUUCAGGAAGGAGAGUGGGAAAUUGCAUCGAAAUUGAAGGUUUUUCCUGUGAAAUACACUGCAGGUCCGGGACCCAGGGAAACAUGGCAACAAAUCAACUUUGCUGAGUUAAAAGAGAUUUGCAAAGCCUCUCGUCUGUAUGGUAGAGAUUCUGCCUAUUUCAGAAGCCUAUUACAGGCCACCUUCACAGCAAACAUAUUCACUCCACAUGAUCUAAAACAGCUUUGCACAUCCCUGCUAUCUCCAACAGAAUUUUCUCUGUGGGAACUAGCAUGGAAACGUUUGUUAAACGACCUUUUAAGAGGUUAUGCAGGAACUCCAGCUACUGCAAAUUUGACUAUAGAUCAGCUCUCAGGUGAAGGAGCUCAUACAGAUCCUCAAAUACAAGCCCGAACUCUUAGUAGACAAGUAUUGCAGGAUGUCAAAGAAGCAGCAAAAACAGCUUUGUUACAGGUCCCUGAUGGCAACAAGCCAGAACUAGAUUUCACAGAAAUAAAACAGGGCAUAGAUGAGCCUUAUAUUAAGUUUUUGGACCGUUUAAAAAUGGCAUUAGAAAAGCAGAUUCCAAUAGAUCGAGCCAGACAAGAGUUAUUAAAACGGCUUGCAAUUUCUAAUGCAAACCCAACCUGUAAAAAGGCAUUACGUACAUUACCACAGGAUCCUGAGCCCACCCUGACACAGCUAGUAGAUGCUUGCAACCGCCUGGGCACCCCUGAGCAUGCAGCAGCCAUGCAGGCAGAAGUAUUGGCCAGUGCCAUCACAACAGCUCAAGAAAACACCCUAAAGCAGCAGGAAAAAGCAGUAGAAAGGCAAACACAAACCCUAGCAGAAGCUUUAAUAGCAUUCAAAGGUGCAAUUGAGAACCAACAAAUUCCAAGGGACUCGUGCUAUUCGUGUGGUCAGAAAGGUCAUUUUAAAAGGGGAUGUCCUAGGACCCGCAGAAGGCCAUUGCCAAGAAACAGUGGAUGCAGAGGUUUCUGUCACAAUACUAACAGCUUUUACCCAGCACAGGGUUUUUCGUGCCAUCUGCCGGGAAACGUGCAGCCCAGCACGGAGCAGUGGCGUGCAAUGAUACAAAAACCACUGCACCAGAGGCCAGAGACCACCACAGGCCACCAAGUUCAGAACUGCAACACAUCCUUGCAGGACUUCCGACCACAAUGUCCCCAGAGUCACAGAACAACACAGCUGUCAUCGCUUGGACCAGGCACAUCAGCCGCGGGCGGCCUCAGCUCACCUGUGUCCUGAAGCACCUCGGGCAAGCCAUCAC